CACACUCCAGGCUACCAGUCUAUAUAAACCUCUGACUCCAAAACUAAAAUAAUAAAAACAGGGGAAUUAAAGUUGUCGAAGAAGUCUUAACAUCACCAUUUCAUCUCUCAUUUCACAAACACACUCUCUUUCUCUCUCAUCAUCUCUGGAACUCGGUGAAGAUGAAUAAAGUUAAGGCACUUGUGUUCCCGCUAUUUCUGUCAUUGCUUCUAUUUCCACUGGUCCUUUCAACAUCCAAUGAUGGGUUACUUAGAGUCGGACUGAAAAAGAAGAAAUUUGAUCAGAAUACUCGUGUUGCUUCUCGACUUGGGGCGAAAGAAAGGGAGACACUGAGGGCUUCCCUUGGGAAGUAUCUUCUUGGCGAGCUUAAUGACGUGGGGGAGGCUGAUGUUGUUGCCCUCAAGAAUUAUAUGGAUGCUCAAUACUUUGGGGAGAUUGGUGUUGGUACUCCCCCUCAAAAGUUCACUGUUAUUUUCGAUACCGGUAGUUCUAACUUGUGGGUGCCUUCAUCCAAGUGCUAUUUCUCGAUUGCUUGCUUUUUCCAUUCCAAGUACAACUCUGGUUCAUCUAGUACUUACUGUAAGAAUGGAAAAGCUGCUGCCAUCAAAUAUGGUUCUGGAGCCAUAUCUGGUUUCUUCAGUGAAGAUAAUGUGGAGGUCGGGGACCUUGUUGUUAAAAACCAGGAACUAAUUGAAGCUACCAGGGAGCCUAGUAUCACAUUCGUGGUUGCCAAGUUUGACGGCAUACUCGGACUUGGGUUCCAAGAAAUAGCAGUUGGAGAUGCUGUUCCUGUUUGGUACAAUAUGAUUAAGCAAGGGCUUGUAAAGGAGCCUGUAUUCUCAUUUUGGCUCAACCGCAAAGCAGAAGAAGAAGAAGGUGGCGAACUUGUCUUUGGAGGGGUCGAUCCAAAGCACUAUAAAGGAAAGCACACUUAUGCUCCCGUUACAAGAAAGGGUUACUGGCAGUUUGAUAUGGGUGAUGUUCUUAUCGAUGGUAAAACAACAGGGUAUUGCUCAGGGGGAUGUGCAGCUAUUGCAGAUUCUGGAACUUCCUUGUUGGCCGGUCCUUCGACUGUUAUUACCCAGAUAAACCAUGCUAUUGGGGCUUCAGGUGUCACCAGUCGGGCAUGUAAGAAUGUAGUUGAGCAAUAUGGGCAAACAAUGAUUGAUCUUUUGCUUUCAAAGGAGUCCCCUAAAAAGGUCUGCUCUCAAAUUGGUGCCUGCGCUUAUGAUGGCACUCACGGUGUUAGCAAGGGGAUCGAGUCUGUGGUAGAUAUGGAGAAUUCUGAUGGAACAUCAGAUGGGUUACGUGAUGGUAUGUGCUCUGCUUGUGAGAUGGCCGUUGUGUGGAUGGAAAGUCAACUCAAGCAGAAUGCAACUCAGGAUCGUGCUAUAAGCUAUGUCGACGAGCUAUGCGAACACAUUCCAAACCAAUUGGGACAAUCAGGUGUUGACUGUUCCCAGGUUGAGAAGAUGCCGUCGGUGGCCUUUACUAUUGCAGGCAAAGAGUUUGUACUUAGUCCUCAUGAGUACAUACUCAAAGUUGGCGAGGGAGCUGCAGCACAAUGCAUUAGUGGAUUUACGGCAUUGGAUAUUCCACCUCCCCGUGGACCAAUCUGGAUUCUGGGAGACGUGUUCAUGGGUCGGUAUCAUACUGUAUUCGACUAUGGAAAUCUUCGGGUUGGAUUUGCUGAAGCGGCGUAAUAUUGCCUUGUAUAAUCUAAUUUCGCGUGUUUAAGUUGGUAUUAAGCCAUGGUUACCCUCGUAAGCUAGCGACUCAGAGUCACCUUUUAAGUAACCCAAACCCUCCUCUGAAUUGGCAGUAAUUAAUGGUUUUGUAAAUAUGUAUGAGAGUGUUUUAUUUACUUAUGUCGAAACAUUAAUACAAAUGGCUUAUACCCACAGUAUUAUUUGCA